GGAGAAUUUUACAUAAAAUUCUCCCUACUCUAAGAGUGAAGGAGUAGGCAAUACGGAAUGAGGAUGUCUGUAAUAAAUGUUGCCUAACCAAAAGUUUAUUGCUUACAAAAAAUGUGAGUCAGUGACAGCGGAGUGACAGUUCGAAUUCGAAUUGUACAUAGUCGUUUCUCGAACGAACGUUGUUUGCUUGCUGUUAAUAAUUUCUGACAGAUCAUCUUGUACCUUUGUUUUGAUAGGAAUAAAUACGAACGUUAUAAUAAGAAACCAUGGCAAAUUUUAAGAUAUUAUUAGUGUUAUCCGUCUUAUUUUGUUUACAAGUAACAGAUGGCGCAAGUGGCAUAGGACCGGAACCACCACAUGUAUCAACAAACCAACCUACUUCUCCAGCAUCAAGUUCUAGUUCAACUUCACAUAAGACAACUACUACAACAACCACCAAUACCACUACUCCUAAACCUGAUACAACUACCCCUGCUAAAACUACUACUCCUAAACCUGAUACAACUACUAAAACUACUACUCCUAUGACUACAAAAUCUAGUACAACUACCAUUACUACUCCUACUACAACUAAGCAAACUCCACCUACCAGUUCUACUUCGAAGCCUACUACAACUCCUACAGCGAAAACUACCACUCCUAUUCCACCUACACCAACACCAGUUCCUGACCCAUCAAUGGGCAAGUGGUCCCUCAACUUUACCAAUUCAAAUGACAGUUGUUUGUUGAUGGAUGCAGCCUUACAGAUUGAAAUUCCCCAAGUUAAUCACACCUCCCUGAAAAUCAAUGUUCCUUUUAAUGCAACAGCUACUGGCAAUUGUGGCAAAGAUUUGAAUGUUCUGACACUAUGGAUAGAGAAAACCAGUUUCAUCAAUAUGAAUUUUGUCCAAAACGCAACUACCAAAAAGUUUGAAUUGGAAUCAAUUAAGGCUUCUGUCAAUGUCACCCUCUCUAAUGGUACCUCAAGCAUUUUAAAUGUAACUCAUGAAAAGCCAGAGUUCUCUACUUCGUUGGAUCAUUCUUACAAGUGUGCUAAGGUCCAAACUUUGAAUUUGACUGUCGCAGGUGGUAAUGAUACUAUUGCUUUAUUGCAUAUUAGUCAUGUGCAGUUCCAAGCCUUUUCUAAUGUGACAGCACAUAAGUUUUAUGAUGCUAUCGAUUGUGAAGCUUCCGCUAUAACUUCAGAUGUCGUCCCAAUCGUAGUUGGAUGCGUAUUAGCCCUUCUAGUAGUCGUGGUACUGGUUGCCUACCUCGUAGGAAGACGCUAUUGCCAAGCCAGAGGAUAUACUUCAAUCCCCGAACCAGACGAAGCCAGUAUAAUACAUUAAAAGCUGUUUGAGAAGCACGCUAACUUGUAUGUAAAGUUGUAUAUCUAUGUAAAUAAAUUAUUAUUUUUGAUUGUUUUUCCAAUAUUCUGUUGAAUAAAUGAUUGCCUCGAA